AUGGAAAACGUGCAAAUUGCAAAAAGACUUUCUUUAUUAGAAGAACAGAAAAAUUUAUUGAUAGAAUCCGCAAAAACACAAGGUUGGAUUGACGACGACUCUACUUCAUUAGAAUACGACGAUAGAGAAAAUUUCGAAUCAGAAAAACUUUCCGUUGUAAACAUGGUUAACGCUGAAGAAACAAUACUUGAACAGCAAAGUCUUUCAACUAUGGAAUUUCGAGUUCAUCAUUUAGAAAAGUCGAUCUUUGGGUUUGACCCUAUUGCCAAAAAAGCUUUAGCUUAUGAAAAGCUUAAAGAACAAUAUUCAUUACAAAAGAGAGUGGAUGAACUCAAGAAAGAAUUUAACGCCAUUAUAAUGGAGCGUGAUGGAGCUGACGACGAACAGACAUCUGAACUCGUAUCUCCUUUUAAAGACUCCGCACUCGCCAUGGAAAGAGUUAUUCUGACUCCUGAAGCCAAAGCAGAAAUUGUUAUAUCUUCAGCUAAUGAACUAAAAUUAGUCGCCGAAAAUUUGAAACAAAUUAACGAAUUGCAAUCAAUAAUUGAAGCACCAGAAUUCAAAGAUCAAUCUUCAAAAGCUAAUGAAGUCUCUGCUCGUAUAACACAAUUGUUAGACUCAUAUAAUGGAAUUGUUAAUACACUUUCAGAAAUUUUUAUUUCUUGGGAUCAUAUUCUUUCAGCAAUCGAUGCAAAUGUAUCUUUGCUUGAAAGAGCAAAGGGGUGA